AUGUCCGUAGCCGAGAGAAGCAAUGCGGCGACCUUCAUCCAGUUCACGACGGUCAAGCCGUUCUCGUACAUGGGCUCGACAUUCAAAUGCUUCUACUGCACGCAGUACUAUCCAGAAUUUGGCAGUCUGCUCGAGCACACGUCGACCCACCAAAUCGACGAUAGGGAGACAAUUCUCAACAGACACAUACCGCGCGGGAAACGAUUCAUGCUAGCCGAUGUGUCGAAUCUGCAAUGUCGACUAUGCGAACAGCACCACCAGGAUCUGGACGCGGUCAGGCGGCAUUUGGAGAUGGAGCACGGGAAGCGGUUCCGGCCGGCGGGCAACGGCAUGACCGAGUACAAAGUGGCGGCGCAAGACGGCCCGCUGAAAUGCCACAUGUGCGAGGACACCUUCCACAGUUUCGCCCUGCUCAGCGCGCACGUGUACCGUCACGUCGGCAAAGUCGUGUGCGAGCGCUGCGGCGCCGGCUUCCCCAACCAGCACCUGCUCUCGAAGCACACCGAGACCCACCUCACCGAACGCUUCGGCUGCAAACACUGCGACAGGGUCUUCGCCAAGAGGAGCCAGCGGAAGUACCACACGGACACCGUGCACCUUCUAAAGGACAGGGUCAAGCCGAAGAAGUGCCACCUCUGCUCGCUGACGUUCAAAGAACACCACAGCAAGAUGCUGCAUUUGAAGCGAGCGCACGGCCUGGCGAGGAGCUUCAACUGCCACGUGUGCAACGCCGUAUUCGUCACGCGGCGCGCCCUCACCGACCACACCACGAAAACGCACACCGAAAAGUUCAAGUGCGAGACGUGCUCCAAAUGCUUCGCGGUAUCCUCGAAACUGAAGCAGCACGUGGUGAGCCACAGCGGCGAGCGGAGUUUCGUGUGCCCCGUAUGCAACAAGCCGUAUAUGCACAAGACAACGCUGAGGAAACAUAUGCGUAGUCACACCGCCGCCAGUGAAGCAUCGAAUGACGCCAAGUUCAAGUUAUCU